AGCUUGCAGCAACAGUUAUGAUAAUGUUUAAUCGAUAUGAAGUUUCAAGGAAAAUGUUUUUUACAUUAUUUUCCUUUCUUUUGUUAAUAAUUGUUGCAAGCUCAGAAGAGAAAGUUGGCGAGGCACAUUGUGAAACAUUAGCAUCUGAGAUACACAUAGUAAAGGAAGAGUAUGAUGAACUUGGUAGACUUCAACGAACUUGUAAUGGUGAAAUUGCAGUUAAUAAAUGUGAAGGCAUGUGUAAUAGUCAAGUACAACCGUCUGUAAUUACACCUACAGGAUUUUUAAAAGAAUGCUAUUGCUGUCGAGAAAGUUUUCUGCGAGAGCGUGUUAUAACAUUGACUCAUUGUUAUGAUCCAGAUGGAAUGAGAUUAACUGCCGACGAAAAUCAUAGCAUGGACAUUAAAUUAAGAGAACCUGCCGAAUGUAAAUGUUUCAAAUGUGGCGAUUUUAGUCGAUAA